AUGGCUACUCCCCUCACCACCAGACAAUGGAGUCUUGCCGCCCACCCCAGCGGAACUCCCACCCUCUCCGGCCCCGAGCCAACGUUCAAGCUCGAGACCAUCGAGCUACCCCAGCUCGAAGAUGGCCAAGUCCUCGUCAAGAUCCAAUACAUCUCCAACGAUGCCGGCCUGCGCACAUACAUCGGUUGCUCCGUGGACAACGACCGCAUGUACGUGCCCCCAGUGCCGCUCGGCGAGCCCAUGCGCGCCGGCAUGAUUGGCGAGGUGCUCGAGUCCAAGUCCCCUAAGUUCAAGGUCGGCGACAUCGUCCACGAGACUCACCGCGCGCCCUGGGCUGAGAAGGUGGUUAUCAACGACUCGGAUCUCCAGGCUCUGGCUCCGCUGCCCGGCGGUCUGUCCAAUAUUCACUACAUGGGCGCGUUUGGAGGGACCGGCCUGACUGCCUACGUCGGGCUUCUCCAUGUCGCUCAGGCCAGGAGGGAGCACACAAUCGUCGUUUCUGCGGCUGCCGGAGCCACGGGAUCCAUGGUUAUCCAGAUCGCUGCUAAGAUCUUGGGGGCCAAGAGAGUUGUCGGGAUUGCAGGAGGUGCAGAGAAGUGUUCCUGGGUCGUGGAGCACCUGGGGGCACAUGCGUGCGUAGACUACAAGAGCCCGACCUUCAAAGAGGACCUGAAAGCCGCCACGCCCGAUGAGGUCGACAUCUUCUACGACAACGUCGGUGGCGCGGUUUUGGACGAGACUCUGGCACGUAUGAAGCGCCAUAGUCUCGUUGCCGUGUGCGGUGCCGUCAGCGGAUACAAUUCGAGCGAGCCCAUGACCCUCCGCAACUGGUUUGAGGUUGUUUCGCAGAGGAUCACGCUCAAGGGGUUCUUCUUGUUUGACUACCUCGACCAGAUCCCGGCCGCGAUGGAGCAGCUUGUUGCUGCUGCUGUGGACGGCCGGAUCAGCCUAAACAUAGAGGAGGUUCCCGCCUCGAUCGAGGGUGUGCCCCAGGUUUGGAUCGAUAUGUACACCGGCUCGGCCAAGGGAAAAGUGAUCACCAAGCUAGAGGGUUAA